GUGCGUUCACAUUGUGAAAAUAAAGAAUAACACCACUAACUCCUCUACUUUCUUAUCUCUGUGUGUUGUAUUUUCUCCUUUAUUGCUCUCUCUUUCUCUUAGUGAAGUACCACGUGCAGAAAAUGUAAAGAAAAAUGGAGAAAUGAAGAUCACAGAGAUGAGAGAAUGGAUAACUUCGGAGAAGAAGAAGAACACAGGAUUUCAAGUGGUUCGGCAACACUGGCUACGGUCCACUGUGCAAGAUUUUUGAUUGCCGCUGUUUUUCUGUUCAUCAAAUCACUGUCACUGUCAUCCCAGAACCACGAGUUCUACUACGAUGGAUUUGACAAGGGAUUCUCCAGCAUCACUUUGAACGGGACGGCAGAAAUCGAGAAAAAUGCCACUCUGAAAUUGACAGACCUGUCGAACAGGCUGUUAUCUGGUCGUGCAUUUCACAAAUUUCCUCUCAAGUUCAUCACCUCCAAUGGCAGAGCUCCCUCUUUCUCCACCUCAUUUGCUUUCCUCAUCAUCCCCGAGAUUCCCCAAGCUCCAAAUCUCUGCGGCCAUGGCCUAACUUUCACCAUCGCACCUUCCCACACUUUUCUCGGCUUCCCCGCAGAGUAUUUGGGUCUCCCCAAUUUGACCAACAAUGGCGACUUCCCCAAACAUCUCUUCGCCGUCGAAUUCGACACUUUUCAGGAUCCCCAAUUCCUAGAUAUCAACGACAACCACGUCGGAAUCGACAUCGGCAGCUUUAUUUCCAACGCAUCCGUCGCCGCAGUGUAUUUCGACGACAGCCAAACCAAUCGGGCUCUGUUCCUCAAAAGUGGGAAGGUAAUCAAAGCUUGGAUCGACUACGAUUCCACCCAAAACUCUCUCAAUGUCUCAAUUUCCCCAUAUAAUUCCAAACCCGGAAUUCCGAUUCUGUCGUAUAAAGUUGAUSUGUCGCUGAUUCUAAACGAAUAUAUGUACGUUGGGUUCUCUGCCGCCACCGGCGUGUACGGUAGCUCGCAUUACAUCUUGGGCUGGAGCUUCAGAAUGAACGGUGAAGCUCGAGAAUUAGAUCUUUCUUCACUUCCUCUGCCCUUCGGACGACGCCCAGCUACUUUAAUCGCAGUCAUCUCUGUUUCGGUAGUAGUGUUUACAGUUUCAGUACUGUGUGUUGUGUUCUACUUGAUCAGAAGGAUUAAGCACCACGACAGAAUUGAAUCGUGGGAGCUCGAAAUUGGGCCGCGGCGGUUCUCUUAUAAGGAGCUGAAGAAAGCCACCAAUGGCUUCAGAGAAACAGAGCUUCUUGGGCAGGGCGGAUUCGGCAAGGUAUACAGGGGAAUUCUCCCAAUUUCGAAAACCGAAGUCGCGGUUAAGCGAAUUUCCCAAGAUUCGAAUCAAGGCCUACGCGAAUUCGUCUCUGAAAUCAAGACAAUCGGUCUGCUUCGCCACCGGAAUUUAGUUCAAUUGGUGGGAUGGAGUCGCCGCCGCCGGGAAGAUCUUCUUCUUGUGUACGAUUACAUGGCGAAUGGAAGCUUGGAUAAAUACCUAUUUCACGAACCCGAGAAAACGCUUAAUUGGGAGCAGAGGAUGAAGAUCAUCAAAGACGUGGCCUCUGCUCUUCUGUAUCUACACGAAGAGUACGAGCAGGCGGUGAUUCACAGAGAUGUUAAGGCCAGUAAUGU